AUGGAACCCAUCGAGACUCACAUCGAGUAUAUUGUCGAUGACCCUAGAUUUCUCAAGGAACGGCCUUUUGCUGUCAAUAUAUCUCCCGCCUCAAAGAUUGACGGGACCCUGCACACGGUGAAUUGGGUGCCGCAACGCACCGUCAUCCACGAUAUUCGGCUGUUAAAGGGUGUGACCCUGGAUCAGUACGGCUUUCAGAACUUCCAAUAUGUCUUUACUCCCCUUCCCAAGGAGCAACUUACGCACUCGGACGUUGUACGCUAUCAAAUAGAGACGGAGCAGUUUCUGAAGCAGGCUCUGAAUGUCGAGAGAGUCAUAUGCUUCGAUUGUCGGUUCAGGAAAAAUGGCCCCCCUAUCAACGUUGGAGAGGUUAUUGAUGUCAACAAUCCACUGCACUUUGACCUUCCACCUCGUGGUGCUCAUAGUAAGUCAUGUCGCCUGGUACUACAAUCUCAUAUUGAAAAGAUCACAGAUGAUAUAACAUUUGAGGGCGGACCCUUUUUGAUCAAGAAAAUCAUCAACACCAUAGGCGAGCCGCAGUUGCUGCACCGCAAGUAUCGAUAUCGUAUUGUGAAUACCUGGAGACCGCUCGUCGAGCGUCUAGAUGACAAUCCUCUCGCGUUCUGCGACUUCCGGACCGUCGAUAAAGAUGAUUUACUUGCAUCCGACCAAAUUUAUGCUCAGCUCCGCACGGAGUUGUACUACUUGAAGUACAACAAGAACCAGAAAUGGUACUGGCUAUCACACCAGACACCAGAAGAAGUAAUGGUGAUGGUCAUGUAUGACACGAAGGCAGGCUCCGGGGCAAGAUUCUGCCCCCACGUGUCGUUUGAAAACCCCCAGGCAGAUAGCCAGGCCCCGCCGAGAGAGAGUGUUGAGACCAGAAGCAUUGUCUUAUCUCUGAAUUCCGCAGAUGACUGUUGA